AUGCAGCCACAAGGUUCAGCAAACGAAAGUCAUGAAGUGGAGUCAAGCAGAACGAGACGCCGUAGAAGGGGCUUUCGUGCAUCAAUACGCCUCGCUACAGCCGCCGCCAUUGUUUAUGAUGAGUACCGGGUACCAAGGCCGAUGCAUAACUCUGCUUUAAGGGGUAUAGACAAAGUGAACGAGUUAUUAGCAAAUACUAAUGAGGCUGCAAUGUUUAACAAGGUGCGUAUGGGACCACGUGCAUUUAGGAUUCUUUGUGAAAUACUAAUAGAGAGAGGUUUGUUACAACCAACAAACAAUAUGAACGUCCCAGAACAAGUAUUUGUCUUCUUAACCAUCGUUGCACAAAGUCAAACUAAUCGUGAGUCACAAGAUGUAUGGCAACAUUCGGGGGAGACAAUUUCACGAAGAUUCAGUGACGUCCUAGGUGCAAUUUGUGCGUUGCACGAUGAUUUCAUUAAACCUCCCAACUAUGACAAAGUUAGUGAUUUUGUCCGUGGCAAUCGUCAUAGAUAUGGGACUUGGUUUAACGUAAGUUUUGUUUCUCAGUCUUAUCAGUAUGCCACAACUUUGGUUUAUAAACACACUAACAUAUUUCAUUAUGGAUCUGUUGUUCAGGACUGCAUAGGUGCAAUUGACAGGACUCAUAUACCGUGUACACCGAUUGGUGUUCAAAAUCAGACUGCGUACCGCAAUAGGAAAGGGUUCAACUCUCUUAAUGUAAUGGCAGCCUGUUCAUUCGAUAUGAAGUUCACAUACAUAUUUAGUGGUUGGGAAGGUUCAGCACAUGAUGCACGAGUGCUUGCGGAUGCGGUCGCCGAACCCAAGUUCAAAUUCCCACAUCCACCGCCUGGAAAAUACUAUCUUGUUGACGCGGCGUACGCAAACAAUAGUUGUUUUCUUGCUCCGUACAGAGGUGGGACUUACCACUUGCCUGACUACCAAAGGAGAAGUGGUGGAUUUAAGGGACCUAAAGAUGUUUUUAACUACAAACACUCAUCCCUGCGAAAUUGUAUAGAGCGGACAUUUGGUGUUUGGAAGGCUAGGUUCCCUAUAUUAAGGCGGACCAAUAACACUUAUCCAAUGACUAAACAAGUGAAGAUUCCAGUGGCAUGUGCAAUCUUACAUAAUUUCAUUCACAUAGUAAAUGAGGGGGACUCGCUUCUAAAUCAGUACUAUCGUGAUGGAGUACCGGUUAGUGAAAUAGAUCCAACCAAUAGUGAUGGAUUUGAUGACGAUGACGAUGACGACAAUGUCCCCGAGGAGCCAACAGUAACAGGAGCUACAGUUAGCCGAACAGAGAUGGGUCAUUUUAGGGAUCGCCUAGCGAAUGACAUGUGGGUGGAAUAUCAAAGAAGCCGCGGGAGACAAGGUUGA